AAAGCUCCGGGAAAUCCACACUGCUGAACACCAUGUUUGGUGUUCAGUUUUCUGUGAGCGCAGGAAGGUGCACCCGUGGAGCCUUCAUGCAGCUCAUACCGGUGGACUCCAGCAUCAGAAAUCAACUUGGAUAUGACUUUGUCCUCAUUGUGGACACAGAGGGUCUCCGAUCACCAGAGCUCAGUACAAAGACAUCAGUGAACCAUGACAAUGAGCUUGCCACUUUCAUCAUUGGAAUUAGUGACAUAACUGUAAUUAACAUUAUGGGGGAAAACCCAUCCGAAAUGCAGGACAUUCUUCAGAAUUGUGUGCAGGCUUUUCUGGGGAUGAAACAGGUCAAAAUUACACCAAGUUGCAUUUUUGUACAUCAGAAUGUUGCCGAUGCAUCGGCAGGACAAAAGAACAUAGAAGAGAGAAGACGUCUCCUGCAGAAACUUGAUAAUAUGGCUACCAUAGCAGCAAAGGAAGAGAGCAUUGAUGGAAUUAAUGAAUUCAGUGAUGUAAUACAGUUUGACAUUGAAUCCCAAGUGUUCUACUUCAAGAAUCUUCUGGAGGGGGAUCCUCCCAUGGCCCCACCAAACCCUUCCUACAGUCAGAAUGUGCAAGAGCUGAAGACCAAGCUGCUAACAAUUGCAGAGUGGAAACCAGAGCAUAAAUUUUCCUCAUUUUCAGAAUUCAGAUCACGGGUUGGUGACCUUUGGAAAGCACUUUUACAAGAGAACUUUGUUUUCAGUUUUAGAAACACAGUUAUUAUGGUGUACACUUCUCUGGAAGAAAAGUAUACAGCGUGGACAUGGGAGCUGAGAAAAUAUGCUCUGGAGAUGCAGAGCAAACUGUGCAACCAAAUUGGCAGCAAUUUGAUUCAGGAUGUGAAUGUACCAGACCUGAUGGAAGAUUUUAACAAUCAAGUCUACAAUCAACUGCAACAGGAGCUACAGAAGUAUUUCACAGAAGACAAACAUAGAGAAACUCUAAUAACAUGGAGGGCGGACAUUGACAAACGUUUCUGCAACCUAAGAACUGAGCUCAUUGAUGGGACAGUAAAGAAAUGCAAAGAACUGGUUAUCUUCAAGAAAAACAUAUCAGCACUAGACCAUAAAAAAACUGAAUAUACAGCACAGUUAACCAAGCUGAGCAAAACCAUAGCAUCCAAUCUAAAAACACAACGGCUUGAUGACAUGCAGGUGACAAAAGAAUUUGACAAACUCUGGAUGAACUGGACAGCUGAUGUAGACAAAGCAUACACCCCCAAUGAGUGUGUGAAUGUAAAAGCUGUAGUGGAGAUAAUCCUCAUGAAAUACUUUGAAAAACAGCCAAAUGUCUUUCAGAAAAUAAUAGGUGAAACAGGGAUGUUUGAGUUUAACAAGAAAAAACAUGUUUCUCAAACUUUAAUUCAGAUGAUAACACAAUGGAGGCAGGAUUUCUCUAAUCAAGUUCAACAAGAAGUGAAUCAUGCUGUCACAAAAUAUGUCACUGCAAAAGAAAAGAGCAAGGAAGAUUUUAAUGAAAGCUUCAUCUAUGAGAUAUUAAAAACUAUUGAGAUGACCAUUGCUGAAUAUGAGCACUCCACAGGCAAGCUUAAGUUCACAAAUGAAUUCAAGGCAGACCUGUCCAUUCAUAUUUGCCUGAAAUAUGUUUCAAGGUUGCAGAGGAUGCAGGAAAUCUUUAAGACAUCAAACCAUCCACUGACACAUCUGGAAAGCCAAAGAGACAACUAUCUCCAAGCAUUCAGAAACUAUUGCAAAGGAGCAAAUUCUGUAACAAUAUUUGUUGAUUUUCUCUGUAAACACAUCAAGCCAGGAGUUCUGCUUGCAGUGAAUGAUAAAACCAGUCAGCACAUUGCAAGUAAAAUGAAAUCCAACAAUCCAGCGUUCAACAGCAAUAGGUCAAAUCUUGAGAAUCACAUAAUGAAACAUCUGGCAAUUAAGGAGGACUUCAGCUCAUUUGCUGAAUACAUUAACUUCCCAAAGAGAUAUUUUGAAAGAUUUAUCCAAGAAGAGAUGGAUAACUUUUGCAAUGAUACUGGAAAACUGCGUAUGAUGCAUGAGGAAAAUCUUGGAACCCUCAAAAAUCAGAUUUUAUCAGCAAGCACAGAAGCAACCAGAGAAGUGGAAGAUAAGAAAGGAAAUGCAUCCAUGUGGCUUGACUGCUUCUGUAAAACAUUGGGGGAGCACAUGGUAAUAAAAAGAAAUGAAUUGCAUACCAUUGAAAAUGAAGACAUUGAAGACUGGCAGUUUUUCAAAGAUGUGAUGGCCAAGUCUCUCGAUGAAAUUCUGAAGGAUGAAAAAGCAAUUGACAUGGAAACUUUGAGAAAGAAACCAACUGAAUACCUCUUCAACCAGCUUCAGGGGUGCUGGGAACAGUGUCCUUUCUGCAAAGCCAUCUGCACAAACACCAUCCCCAACCAUGAUGGAGAACACAGUGUAACGUUCCAUCGUUGUGAUGCACUUGCUGGCUGGCACUACGAGGGCACAGAUCAUUUUUCAAUCAAUUUCUGCACCACAGAUGUCAGCAGUGAUGAAAAAUUAUUUCCUCGUUGUAAUGAGAAUGAGAGUAUCCCCUACAAGACCUACAGAAAAGCUGGAGACCCUUACAAUAAAUGGAACAUUACUCCAGAUGGCAGUGUGCAGCGCUACUGGAAAUGGUUCAUCUGUAAAUUUCAGGAACAACUGGAGAAUAAAUAUAAAUAUAAAUUUGUGGGUAGAGGUGCAAUCCCAAAUGAAUGGAAAACAUUCACAAAAGAAUCUGUUUUGGCAGAGUUAAUAUAAUUGAGGAUGAGCACACAUGCACCCAGCUUGCAUAACGUAAUUUAGUCUGCCAUUGAAAUUGAACUACAUGUUAUGCAGUGGAGUUACUUAAGUUAAUGUUUUUAUAUACUGCAGGACAAUCUGCUAAUCUAACUGUUUUACUGGAGGUGAAAGGAGAAAAGUCCUGCUAAUAUGAGGUCCUGGACUUUUUGACUGUUUUUUUGUGCAUACAAUUAGAUAAAUCUGAGAAAAGAAAAAAAAUAAAAACUUUAUUUUGAACAUAAUGAAACACUUCUUUCAUCACAUUUUAGUUGAACUCAAUUUUUCCAAAAUCACAGAAAGAACAGUAAUCAGACAGCUAGCCUAGCAUAGCAGCAGAUACAAAAAACAAGGAAAGUGACAGUUUGCAGGACAAAAAUGGUCAGACGGAGAGAUUUCCUGAAGGAGGGACUAAAAACAAAAACUGAGGACAUUCAUCAACAAAACAAAGAGCAGAGAUUGAAUUGGGUGGAGAAGCUUCUGUGGUUGGGACGAGUGCAAACCAAUCACCUGGAUGGCAGGAAGUGCAAGUCGCCUGUUGUCCUGUUGGCUGCAGUGUAGGACUUUGAACCUGACCCUGGCAGAAACCACAGACAACCACAGAAAGCAGACAACAGAACCACAGAAAACAGACAUUUGACUAUUUUGAUAUAUCAGAAUGAAAUGUUGCAGGGAAAUGAGGCUGCCCUCAUAGUCUCUGAAAAUGCCUUUCACUCCCUCAAAGGACAAGCAAAAUGUGAGAGAGCAGAACACAGCGGUCUGACUAAUGAGCCUCGCAAAACAGACCAAGCCUCACCGCCACUACAGAGGACAGAGCCCCACACUCUGACACCCCUCACCCAAACCCACAGGUCCACACCAAGGUGGCUCAGAUGAGGAAGGGGAGCUAGUGGGGCUAAGAGAACAAGGGCAAAUUAGGCAGAAAUCAGACCUGAUCCCCAAAAAACAAGUGGGGGGUUUCUUUCCCAAGUGGUUAUUGCUGCUUGCUUUCCAUACAUCAUCAUAUCAUCAUCUUGCUGCAGAACAUUAAUCAGCUAUGAUCAUUUUUAAAAAUAAAAAAAAAAUGUGAUCACAUCAAUAAAAAAUGAUUAAUUCAGGAGAAAGUAAUCAUAUUUUGAAACAUGGAACAUCUUCAAUGUUCAUUGUGCAUGUAUAUGUUAAUUGUUUUUUAAAAUCUAUAUUUGAGGAAUAUAAAACAUUUUACCAAAAUGUGGCAGCCCUACCAGGUCAUUCUACUUUAAAAAAAUUUUUUUUUUUACAUUUUAUUAACAAAGUGUAAUUUUCUUUUCAAUAUUUAUCAAAGUGUGAUUUUCUUAUAGAUUUGUGUAGUUUUCUAUAUUAAUUAAUGCAAUUGUAUAUUAAAUAGAACCUGGUCUACACUAUGACAUAACCAUAUAUAACCAGCAAUCAUGCAAAGGAACCUCCCUAUCAAAGACAUUAGGGAUGAAUAAAUGCUUGCAAAGAUGAACAAGAUUCAUAGAUGAUUGGGAGUAGAAAUAACGAAAAUGUCUUAUGUUUUACUUUUUAUUAUUUAUAAGUAUUCAGUAGUUUGACUUGUAUUAUCCAUAAGGGUUUUAUGUAAUUUUAGAUACCUUUAUUGAACUGUCAAAGUGUUCAUAGAAAAUGUAUGUCUUAUGAAUUACAAUUAAAUUAAAUGAUAUUCCAACUUC